CGACAACUCCGGGAUGAAAAAACCUAGAUUUGACACUUGACAGAAUAAAAUGUUUAGAAAAUCAAACUAAAAACUUCAUUAUUACAACCGUUACUACAAUGGAAAAUGCUGAUUCCGAUUCCGAUGAUGGAAACGUUUCAAAACUAACCUGGAAUAAGCUACAGAAUGCAUGCCAUUCGCAAGGUUAUCUUGAAGGUCUUACCGAGGGAAAAGAGCGAAAAUUACAAGAGGGGUUCGACCAGGGUUAUUUAGCCGGAUUUCAACAAAGUCAGCGUUUAGCAGAAAUUAAAGGAUUCUUGAGUGCCAUCAUGCUCAAGAACAGCAGUGAUGUACAGCUGAGUGAAAAGUUUAAAACAGCUAUCGCAGAAAUCAACCAUGACAGUAACUAGGAUGGCUUGAACACAAGCAUAUUUCAACUUUCAAGUGGAUUUUUUCUAAAUAAAUUUUCAUCAUAUUAUGCAGUCUUAAGUUUUAACCAAUAUUUGGUUGGGGGCCUGAUGUUCUGUUGAAAAUGGAUCAAUAUAAGAAUUAAACUAUC